CCGGCUUCCGUCUUUUGCCCGUCGUAACCAUGGCGGCGAUGAGUUUGUUGCAGAGGGCUUCGGUCACCGCGGUCGCGGCUCUGCGUGGCCGCUGUCUUGGCCCUCGACUCGCGUGUGGAGGCUUCCUCACUCGUGGCUUGCCGAAGGCUGUCGCUCCUGUUCGGCACAGUGGAGACCAUGGGAAAAGAUUGUUUGUCAUCAAAUCUUCUAGUUUCUAUGACAGACGUUUUUUGAAGUUAUUGAAAUUCUACGUUUUAUUGACUGGGAUUCCAGUAGCAAUUGGCAUAACUCUGGUGAAUAUAUUCAUUGGUGAAGCUGAGUUAGCAGAAAUUCCAGAAGGCUAUAUCCCAGAACAUUGGGAAUAUUAUAAGCAUCCUAUAUCAAGGUGGAUUGCCCGUACGUUCUUUGAUUGUCCUGAGAAGAAUUAUGAACGAACAAUGGCCAUCCUUCAAAUUGAAGCUGAAAAGGCUGAUUUACGGUUAAAGGAGAUGGAAGUUCGAAGAUUGAUGCGUGAGAGAGGUGAUGGACCCUGGUAUCAGUACGUGACCAUCGAUAAGGCACUUAUUGAUCAUUCACCAAAAGCAACUCCUGACAACUGAUGAUUUAUUUCUCCAAAAUAUGUUCUCUUUAGUGGAAAAUAAAUUAAUAAAUAUCUUCCGUAUUUUUGUUUUGUGAUGAAAAAGAAGAACAUUUUCCAUCACUGUUUCUCAAUGUUGGUUCAGAUUGAAGCUUUUGAUUUUGGGCUUUCAGCCUCCUCUUGGUUUAAAAUGUAAUAAAGCUGAAGAAAUAGGAAUCUAUGAAGUCCUAAAGUUGUGAUGACUUUAAAAGGUUAGUGUUUUAUUAAUCUGGUAAAUGGAAGUUAUAGAAGAGAGAUUGAAUGUUAAGUAUCAGAAAAUAUGAUAGUUUAUACAUGUGUCUGUAAUAGAUCUGUAUUAUUCAGGAAUGACUCAAGAUUUUAAGUUGCACAGGAAGUAUUGAACCAACUAAUAAAAUAUUAACACUUUAACAAACAAACCUUAAAAUUUAA